AUGCGACUUAAGGAAUACUUCCAUGACAAAGAGAGCACUGAAACCACAAUGGAUUACAACAACCGGAAAAAAAACACUAAUUUCAGUCCAGCACCAGGACGAAAUGCCAAACUGGACAGUUACAUUGAAAGUUUCCGUCUAAGAACAGUAUCCUUGACAACCAAGCAAAACCAAAAGAAAAUGUUUCAUAAUCUCUCAGUACAGGAACAAAUGGCUAUAAAUGACCUGAAAAAUAAUCAUGCUAUCACCAUCAAACCAGCAGACAAGGGAGGAGCAGUAGUGAUAAUGAACACCCAGGACUACAUAAAAGAGGGUGACAUGCAAUUGUCAGAUGACAAAUACUAUAGAAAACUAAAUGAAGACCCCACCAAGGAAUAUACAUCACAACUUAGGGAGCUCAUUAAAUCCUUCCCUGAGAACUUACACCUAGAACUGCAAUCACUCAUACCAACUAGUCCCUGCAUGGGCACUUUCUAUAUGCUUCCCAAAAUCCACAAAGCAG